ACGCGUGUGAACGCAUCAGAGCAGGGGCUGUCUUUGAAAAGUUUUCAGGAAGCUGUUUGACAAAACGAAACUGUCCCAACUUACUUAGUUUCCAGCUCGUCUUCAGGUCAUUCGACAGGCAUUUUUUUUUGUGAAAAAAAAUGCAGAGCAGUGCGUACGGGGCCUCGCUGGCUGGCGGUGCUUUUGAUUUUGAGAGUUUCGUGAAGCAGCCACAGACCAUUUUGCGCUGCUUGAGCUGGAUAUUCUCCAUCGUGGUCUUUGCAACCAUCACAGCAGAAGGCUACAUUAACCCAACGACCGAGGCUGAGGCCAAGUGCAUGUACAACAAAAAUGACAGUGCCUGCAACUACGGAGUGGGAAUCGGAGUCCUGGCCUUCUUGGCUUGUGUUGUCUUCUUUAUUCUGGACGCCUACUUCCCACGGAUCAGCAACGCCAAGGAGAGAAAAUACAUUGUUAUAGCUGAUUUGGUCUUCUCAGCUGCGUGGACGUUCCUGUGGUUCGUUUGCUUCUGUGUCCUGGCCAACCAGUGGUCCAAAACUACGAAGACCGAUGCCCCUGGUGAUGCUGCCCGAGCUGUUAUAGCCUUCUCCUUUUUCUCAAUUAUCACCUGGGCUCUUCUGUCCUACUUUGCGUACGGAAGGUAUCGCCAAGGCGUAAGCGAGUUUGACCAGGAAUACAGAGACCCAGCCAAUGACCACAACACCCCUUACCCACCUGCUCAGUACGCCAGCAGCAGCGGCCCCACAGGCUACCAGCAGUCACCUUACACCCACAGCCAGGACCACCCAGGAGAGUACCAGCCUCCAGCUUACUGAAGGACUGAGAUUCGAACACCCGAAUCCACCCUGGGAGUUUUCUUUUUUAAUGAGAUGUGUGCCAGUGGUUUCGUUUGUAAUGCAAACUGUUUUCUGCUCUUCCAUUCCUUCCUGCAGAAUGUGUUUGCAUAUUUUUGGCUGCACUGAUACGUUUUUAAGAUGAUGGAUUGAUGGAUUUUUUCUUUUUUUGUUAGGAGAAUGUCUUGGUAAGAGAGAGGAUGGCUUUAUUUUCUGUGCAUCAAACCAGCUAAUCCAGUGCCCAUUUUUGUUGCAUUUUUGAUUGCAAUUUGAUUUGUAUUGUCAAGAUGGACAAUUUUCAAAUUUGUUUUAAUAGCUUUGUUACAAUUUAGUUCAUAAACGUAUAUUUUCAUUACUCUCACGUUCACAAACAGUUCUUUGUUAUUUGACCACACAACAAGCCCAGAUUCUUUAAUCAGUGGGUCCAUCAAAAAUGUUCCCUCUGUCAUGUUUUUUUUUUUUUUUUAUUAUUAUUGUGAUUAUUAUUAACCAACCACUGUAAAUGGCAUUCAUGCACUGAUAAAAACAGUUCAUUUCUUGGGGGGGGGGCAGUUUAUUGCCAAUAUCUGAUCUAAGAUUGUUAAUUUUAAUGUUUUAAAUUCAAUUGCUGCAAUUGUUGCAGUUUUGUUUAGUAUUUAUGGAUGGGGGUUUUUUUUUUGGUUUUUUUUUGCAAGGUAGCCAAAUCAUUCAUUAAUUUCUGCUACCUGUGGAGAAAUCUAAUGUGCCUUUUUCAGUUUUUAAUAAUUUCCAAUUCAGCAGUUGUUUCAACCAUAAGUUGAUUUCAGGAAUUCAGUGAUUUGGGGGUAAAUUGAUAUACUUAUCUUAAUAAUAUAAAAUUCAGUUCCGGUGCAUGACAAUCAAACUGCAGUUGUUCACUACAUUGCUUUUUCCUUUUGCUUUUCUCACUCUUAAGUUCUUCAUUUACAUGAAUUGCAGUUUCACUGUUGCACUCUCUGGCUUCACAUUAAUUCCCCAUUAAAUUGUCUUGUACAGUAUUCUUUAUCACAUAGGGUUUGCCAAAUAAAAACUGGUUUUGUUUGAA